UCGUGAGUCUCGCGAGACACUGUGAUUCCGCGCUAUGUAAGCGCGUAUAACCGCGCGCCAACGCUCCUUCACAGGUGACCGAUAUUUCGGAGACGCCUUUCACGCGCGCAAACUUAUUGUCCGCGUACUUUUGCGAACUCGAUCGAAGCACACCUUUGCAUCGGACAAACUGAUUUUUUCACAAGUGCGCGAGUCUCGACGAUUUUCAUCAUGACGCAUACUGUCAGAAGAGUCUCCCUGGCGGAGAACAUGAAGAUUUCGCCGCUCAAACCUAAGGCGACCAUCGGAUCAAGGCACGUCCAGGCAUUCCUUCUGACGCUUGGUUUCCUCAGCUGUUACGCUAUGAGGGUUUGCAUGUCGGUUGCAGUGGUCGCUAUGACUGACAGCGCGAAACCCGAGCACUACAACUGGGACAUAACGGCAGUGAAUCUGAUGCUGAGCUCAUUCUUCUGGGGUUACGUGGUGACACACAUACCCGGUGGUAUGAUGGCACAACGUUGGGGCGCACAGCGACUACUCGGCAUUGCCAUUGGACUUUGUUCGAUUUCUACGCUGGUGAUUCCCAUGGCCGCAUAUUACGGUGGUUACUAUGCCGUGUGCGCUUGCCGCGUAUUUUGUGGUCUUUGCCAAGGUGUCGUGCCACCGAUCAUACACACUCUUCUGGCUAAGUGGGUGCCAUUGCAGGAGAGAGGCAGAUUCACGUCAUUCGUGUACUCUGGUGGCUGGGUCGGUAACGUUAUUGCCUUGCAGAGUUCUGGGCUACUAUCAGCAACAAAAAUGGGUUGGCCAAGUUGCUUCUACUUCUGGGGUACGAUAUCCCUAAUCGUAGCGAUUUUGUGUUACUUCUUCGGCAAAGAAUCGCCUGCUGAACAUCCUGGAAUUUCUGCCGAUGAGAAAUUAUACAUCGAAAGUAGUCUCGGUGUCAUCGAGACUACUGAGCCAAUGUCAACACCAUGGAGGCACAUACUUACGUCCAUACCAGUUUGGGCUCUACUUGUCACACAGUGCGUGCAAGCUUGGGGUUUCUGGCUACUACUCAGCAAAAUACCUUCGUAUAUGGGCGAUGUACUCAAAUACGACAUUCAAAACAAUGGUCUGAUUUCAUCGUUGCCUUACCUGUGCGCCUGGUUGUUGAGCUUCCCGGUGAGCUUCGGCUCCGACUGGGCUAUCCGCACGGGCAAACUGUCAGUGCAUACUUCGCGUAUGAUCUACAAUACAAUAGGCGAGAUAAUCCCGGCGGUUGCCCUUGUUGGACUUAGUUUCAUCAGCAGCAGUCAACAUACUCUUGCUGUUUGUAUCCUCAUUGUUGCGGUUGCUGGCAACAUUGCCAUCUUUUGCGGACAUCACGCUAAUCAUAUGGAUCUCAGUCCUAACUUUGCUGGACCUCUCAUGGGAUUCACCAACGCUGCCGCAAAUAUUUGCAGUAUUCUCGCGCCUUUGGUUCAAGGACUCAUUGUUACCGAUCAGACUAACGCAUCUCAGUGGAGGACCAUUUUCUUAUUAACAUCCGGAAUGUACGUCAUAGGAGCCCUUGCGUUCUUGCUCUUUGGCUCAGCUAAAGUACAGCAUUGGAAUGACCCGACGCAUAGGAAAGGUAAAGAGCACGCAUAUCCGGAAGUGCCAACGAUAUCCGAAUCACUAAAUGAAAUGAAGAAGAAAGAGAAAGACGAGAAAAUAGAACGAUGAGCGAUCGAAUAGUGAUGGAAUAGUGACGAAAUAGAGAUAAAUUAAUUUAAGUUAUUGCUCUAUCCAUUCCAUUCCGUAAGAUACCAUAAUCGUAUAAGCUGGUCAUAUACAUAACGUACUGUAUCAAGUAUGUUAAUUAAUUUACUUUGUUAAUUUACUAUGUUAAUUAACAAUGAUAUUGAGAUGUGAUACACGUAGUUACAGAUAAACAGAAGUAACUGGUCUCAUUUAUAAAAAAAGUUCAUAUUAAGUUUAGGAUACUCAUACUUUUUGUACAGUAUUCACAAACCUUUGGCACACCGAUUUUAGAUUGUUAAAUCUCAUCUACUAGUUGUAAAUUGAUUUAAUGUUAUUAUCUUUUCAGUUGAUAAGUCUUAUCACAAGUAUGUAAAUGACGUAAUAUGUAAAAAAACUAUUAAUUUAAUUCCAGUACAAAUAAUUUAAAUGCAUAACGGUCUGCAUGUUACUAGAUUUGUUAACAAAAAUUCUAG